AUGGCAGGUGAGGUCGAUCGUUCUGGACGCCCGGGACGUUUCCUUCCUCUUUUUCAUCUUUGCAAGCUACGCGACCCCGCUUCCGCAGCUGUUGUUGCCUUGCUUUUGUCUCUAGCUCUGACUCUCCGAAAUGCCCCGUCGCCAACGGGCCUCCUCCAGGAAGGAGGCCCAGCCGCGCAGGCAACCGCUCCACAGUCUCCGUAUAUAUCCCUCUUGCAUGCAGUUGCACAUCGACAAGCCCAGCCAGCUGGCCCUUCUGUCACCUCCGAUGAUGACGUCCUUCAGGAAGCGUCUCCUGCGAGGCCUGUCCCCCCAACGUCUCAGCCCCGAGCUCCUCGGACAGGAACUCCUUCCCAGUCGAGUAGGACAGCCGCCCAGGAGACAUGUCCGUCCCAGUCUCCGUCCUUUUCGGCACAGAACUCUGCAUCUGAGACUCUCGCCUCGCUUUUCAUCUCUCCACGCGAACUGCGAGGCUCGCGUUCGCCUCACACACACAAGCGAUCUCUGCAGCCGCCCCGCCUCGGUGUACCCUCAGUUUUUCCUCCUCGAGUUCGUGACUCCCCCGCUGCGGUUGAAUCCGCUGUCGACCUUCUUGAGUCACAGCCUCCUGAAGCUCCAGCCGCGUCUCCCGCUCAUGUCGGUGACCUCGCCUCGGUUUUCAGUGACGGCUGGCCUGCGGAGGCUUCGCUUGAUCACUCGCCAUCAAAGCCCGAUGAAGUAGGAAAGGCUGGUGGUGCAGGGGAGGCCGAUGCAGCAGGGGAGACGGAUGAAGCAGGGAAAGAUGGGCGGGCUGGCGACAGCUUGGAUCUACUUCUCCCGGCUGGCGAGGAUGUAUCUGAGCCCCGCGGCGGAGACCCGCGCGGAGCUCAGCGUAGACCGCAUGAGGCUGCAGCCGGCAGCGACAUUGCCGAUUCGCCGCUGGCGACCCCUGCAGAGUCGCGGCGGCAUUUUGCAACUUCCGAAGAGAGAAGCGGACGUGAAGCGCGUGCUCUUCCUCGGGUGCCUGAGCCGGCUGACUCUACAAGGGCGGACGGUAUGCCGAGUACACAAGCAGCCCAAUCGACCCAGUCUUCCGGCGCCCGCUUGCAGCGACCAUCCGCUUCGUCCCCAUCUGCCGAAAACUUGCCUGCUUUGGAAACUCCAGGAUCCACUCGAGUCCAUUCAUUCUCAGUAGAUCUCUCUCCUCCAGCCUCUCCCCGCUCUCCUGCCGCUCCCCCGUCGGGCUCCCUUUCUCAACCUGAAACCGCGUCAUUUGCCGAUGACAGCGAAGAUGCGCGGUUGACAGACUCUGGCGGAUCGCCCAGCGAAGAGUAUUUUCACGACGAGGAGGGAAGCGACGAGGUGCUUCUCACCAUGACAACAGAAAAUUCUCAAAUGCUGCUCAGAAGGCACAGGCAGCUGGUUGUCUUCUUCUUCGUACCCUGGUGCGAGCGGUGCCAGAAGUUCUUCCCAGAAGUCUUUGACGCGGCCGCGCGGCUCAGGCGCCUCCAUCCGCCAAUCCGCGUUGCGACGGUGGACUCCGCCGCCAACGAGGAGCUCGCCCGCCGCUUCCACGCGAGCGGCGUCCCUGAGAUAAGGCUCGUUGGCUCGGCUGCUCGCACGCGCGACGCGUCGCCCUCUUCUUCGUCCCCUGCGUCCGCGUCCGCAUCGCCUGCCGCGGCUUCCGCAGCGCCUUCGCGAAGCGCCGGCGAACAGCGCGCGUCUGCGUCCGCAGUGAAACAGGACGACGGCGGGAGGGCGAGAGAGGAGGCGAAGAUCUACGGCGGCGCAGAGCGAGCGGAUGACCUCGUCAGAUGGGCUAUGAAGAAUGCAGGCCCCGCCGCGUAUGUUCUGAAGGACUUUGACGCCGCACACCGCUUUCUGUUCGAUCAUCCGGUGACACUUCUCGGUCUCUUUGAGGACGGCAGCGCGGCAAAAGACGUCUUUUUGCGGGCGGCGCACAAGAUCUUGGAGGUCUCUACUGCUAUCAGCAGCAGCGCGGAAGUCGCCGAGAAGCUUGCAGUGAAGGCGCCUCAGAUCGUGCUCUUCAGGCCUUACGGCGAGACGAAGAUUCUUUUCCGUGGAAACUCCGCCGCGCCAAAUGAGGACGAAAUCGCGCAGUUCGUGCGCGAUCAUUGGUUCCCCGCGGUUGUGCUCUUCGACGCAUCCACCUCAGCCGAUUUGUUCGCCGACGGCCGGCCCCUUCUUCUUCUGGUUCGAGCCGACGACGAGGAAGGCAUGCAAGCGGAGGCGGCGCUGCACGAUGUGGCGGCAGCCCACCGCUCGGUCCUGCUCUCGGCGAUUAGCGGUUCGAAGGGCGCAUUCGCCGCUCAGUUGAUGAACUUUUUGAAUCUGCGCCGCGGAGAGCUGCCAGCAGCUGUCAUCGUGGAAAAUGCAGCCUCGCAGAUUUCCAGGAUCCAAUUCGUCCACUCGGAGGGGCCCCUCACCCGCGCAAGUCUGGGGCGCUUUAUAUCGGCCUAUUUCCAGCGAGCGCUCGAGCCCUUGCGGAAGAGCGAGCGUCCGCCGACUGUGCCUCUGCGAGGAAACAUUCACAAACUCGUUGGCUCUACUUUUUUCCAGCUGGCGACGCGUCCAGAAGUCGAAAUGCUGCUGUUUGUGCACGCCCCGUGGUGCGCUCACAGCGCCAAGCUGCGACCGGUUUUCGAAGAGGUUGCUGCGCGUCUCGCGCACGUCCCCAAUUUCGUUGCGGCGGAGCUGGACGGCAGCGCGAACGAGGUCGAGGACCUGAACGUCGUCAGCCACCGGAGUCUGCUGGAGCUUCAGCGGCGGGCGGGGCCUAGGGCGAAGAACGGCGACGCGCUGCUGCGGCCGCCCACGCCGGUCGCGACGCGCACAGCUGACGCUUUCGCGCGCUGGGAGGCGGACGACCGCGACACCGUGCUGACCGAUCUGCUUGUGAUCGAUGGCUAUCCGGCGCUGGUGUUUUACGGUCUGCCGCCGGGCGCCGCCGCUCAGCCGCAUGGAGAGUUCGCCCCGGAGGCGGAGCGAGGAAAGAAACCGGUGAUCUUGUACGACGGCGUCCGCGACGUGCCCAGCAUCCUCGAGUUCCUCCUCGCCAACAGCGACCUCCUCAAGAGGGAGCAUCUGCACACCUCGCAGGGAUAA